AUGUUGCUUGGAAAGAGACAACGACCGCCGAUUAACAGAACAACAAGUCUAUCUGAGAUAAAGUUCGAUCUGAACCUUCCCUGCGAAUCAGAGCCAUCAUCAGCUCCGCAGAAUCCACGCCAAAUUCCAGUUACUGGACCGUACGGUACCAACGGUCAAACCAUAGCAGCCGUAGAUCAACACCGUGCGUUAUUAGAUCAACGGCUCUUAUCUAUGGUCUCGCCGCGAGGUAACCUGAGGAGACACUCCGGCGAUUUCUCCGACGCCGGACAUUUCUUAAGAUCUUGCUCCCUCUGUGAACGCCUUCUUGUUCCCGGCCGCGACAUCUAUAUGUAUAGGGGAGAUACGGCGUUUUGUAGCUCAGAGUGCAGGCAGCAACAAAUGGCAACAGACGAGAGGAAAGAGAAAGGUAAACCGGCGAAGGAGUCGGUGGUUGCGGCGGCCACCGGGAAAGCCGGUAAAGGAGGGAGAGCUGCGGCCGCCGUGUAA